GCACUCAUUCGUGCCGCUGCGCAUGUGACACUUUACGAGAGAGAUAAUCGCGCGGCACGUUUUUGGGAGAAAACCAUGAUUUCACGGCCGCUUGCUCCUUAUUUAUCUGCGGGCGCACUGUACUUGCAUCUUUGUUUUCGUCCCACCGCAUAGUGAAAGCGUAACGUCAAAAGCAAAGCAAAACAUGCGCUCCCAUUCCCAUAAUACACGCGCUACUUAUUAAUCUAUCUCACCUGCAGGUUUUGUGAAAGACGAGGAGGCCGGCGUGUCAAUAGGCCACUCGGGCAGCUUGCCGUCUGUAAUGAUGCCCAAAUGGUGGCUGAGAAGGUCAUGUCCGGAAGGAGGCGGCUUCGAUGGCCGAGUUCCACUAAACGAUGAUGGCCGGUUGGUGUUGGCGAAGGACGGCUUGCUGCUCAAAUCUGUCCAAGAAGAAGAGGAGCCACUUAGUGAUGGCUUGUUGGACACGGUUUGCGCCCACGUUGGCUUAUUUGGCGCGCUUUCCGACGACGACGAGCUACUGCUGCUCCAUGAAGGCUUCACAUUUGCCUCGGUCCAAGAAGGCUUAUUGUUGUCCCAACUCGGACGGUUCAAAGUGUCCGACCAGUUCGGUUUUCCUGGGAGGUCAUCCCAGUUCAAAGGGCGAUUGUCCGAGCUGCUGGGCCUUAAGUCCCAGUUCGACACAGAGGAGGACGUUUGUUGACUCGGACGGUGUUGGUGUUCCUGUUGCUGCUGCUGCUGGUUGGUCGACCAAAAUGGCUUUUGGCUCAUUUGCGUAUUCCAAACGGCAGUUGGCGAGGAAGAUGUCGCUUUAUUGGGUGUCCACUUUGAAAUUUUGCUGGACGACCACGGAAUCGGUUCAAGACUAACCCAGCCGUCUUUCGGUGGCCGACCUGAUACUUCUGUAUUUGAAGUACCAGGGCGGUGAAGUUUUAAGUUGGCCAUGGCUGAGGAUGGGUUAAGUACUUUGGUGCUCUCCUCGAUGUCCAGCGCCCAAUGUCCGGUCUGGGUGGGGGUUGGUUUCGGACGAAUAUUAAUGCUGGACACGUACCUGCCCUGAUCGGCGCUUGCGCCGCCGUGCUCUGUCGUAUUGGACUUUUUCUGCUUCUUCUGCUCCUCGAGGUGAUUGUGGUAAUCAGCGAACAACUUUUCCAAAAUUUGCUGUUGAGUGAAUGUUUUUUCGUUCGUCGCCGCGGGUUGGGCGGCCGGUUUGGCGGACGCCGCGUGGUCCCAUCGCUUCCAGCUUCCCACACUGGAGCUGCCGCCAAGGAAUGAUUCGAUUUCUUUAUCGCCAUCGUGAUGUGUUAAAGGCUUAGUGUGGCGGUUUACGACCAAAGGAGGGUCCUCGAAGUAGGUGAUGGGUUUUUGCGUUGGCGAAGUUACAAACUUUAAGGGCAGACCUGCUGAGAGCGUCUCCUUUGCGAAAACCACCAGGACGAGAAUAACAGUCAAUUCACUCCACUUCCCGGUUCGGGCCAUUUUAGCGGGCGGAUAUGCAAAAGGACGUCUUCAAAAUGUUUGACAUACCUGACGUCAAAUUAUUUGUGUUGCGACCCUGACAGUGAAGCUGAGAGAAAUGGUUUGCGGGCGCUACAAUCAUACAUUUAUAAGCAAGGUGAAAGGAGGGGACCGCGCAGUGUGCUUAAAAUUUUAAAAUGAGUUUAGAGGAGACAAAGCAUCCUCCGAGAGAGAAGAGAGAGAUGAGUAACAAGCUAGUUCUCUCUUUCUUUUUAGUAGGUCUCGCGUUUUGCUUGGCUGCGUACAAAAUUUAACAUGUUUUUUUUUCGCGCACAAUUUUGUUAAGCUCGUUGAGUUUUUAUAAUAAAUUUGCUGAAUUUAAAAAAGUCCAUUGUUAGGCCCGGGCCCAUUUUUAUUUUGCUUAUCUUUGAAUGCUUUCUAUUCAAGUUUCUAACAUUUCAAUGAAGAAAAUUCAGAACAAACUUCCCAUUCGAUUUAAAUUUUCAAUAUACCUCUUCCAGUGCUGCGCCCGUUACCAAUAGAAUUAUUUUCUUUAAACGCUUUUAUCAAUAAAAUUGUUCCAACCCACUUUAAAAGAAACAAAAGUAAAUACAAUAACUUUUGUGCGGGUUCCGCCAGCCGCUUUUUACCGCCGACUUCGAAACAGAUCUCCUUCGUUGUGGAGACCUUCACCGUGCGAUUCAUGGUCUAGGUCUCUUUUCUAUUUUAACGUGUGUUAUGUAAAAUUAAACGUCACCCGCAAGAAACGCGUCUCCAGCAGCUUCAUCACCACGCAAGAGAGAAGCGUAUUCUCACCGUUGUCACUACUUUUUUUUAAUUAGUUUUCACUUUGUUCUUGAAAUACUGUUUUUUCUUUUCUUUUUUUAUUAACUAUCUUGUUAUUUUUCAACCGCAGCUUUUGAUACUUAAAUGGUUCGAUCUCUAAAACAAUGGAAAAAUUACAAAAGGAAAAUUUCAGUUUCAACACUAAAGAGUAGUUUAAAAAAAAUAAUGUGCCAAAGGAAAUUUAAAUCAGUAUUUAUCUACCCCUUUUUUUCUCGAAACCUUGACAACUCAAGGUUGAAAAAAUCUGCCCUCUGCCCUGUCAAGCCGAAGAAAUUUAUGACUUCCUACAAUUAUUUCUUCAUUACCUUAUCACAAAGCAGGGGCGGCAUCACACAUUUUAAAAGGCUCAAAAUUAUAUAUAAAAGCAAGCAGGUGCCCAGCGGGAAGGUGUCAUCAUUUUUUGAAUGCGUGAUUAGAGUCGGAUUAUUCUGUGGAGAAAGCCUAUAUUUUAUCAUUCAUAUCGCGAAAAAUUGAAAAAGAAAAUGUUAAAACUUUUCAUUACUUUAUCGGUUCUGCAAAUAAUUAAUGGACUUCCUGAAAAUUUGAACACCAUGAAGUCACACGGUGUGCGGAUUAUAAAUGGAUCGGAUGCACCUGAAGGAAAAUAUCCAUCACUGGUUUCUCUGCAGCAAAGAGGUUACCAUAUAUGUGGGGCAUUCAUCUUGACAAAACAUUUUGUAGCCACAGCCGCGCAUUGUGUCGAAAGCUCAUCGGUAAUAUUGAGAGAACUACAAAUUGUAUCUUCGAUUACCAAUCUGUAUGACAAGGCGAGAAGCCGCAAAUAUCAAGUGACCGAAAUAAUCAGCCACGAAAAAUAUAAUGCAUCUGACCUACUAGUAAACGACAUCGCACUUCUAAUGAUAAAUCCUUCAUUUUCACUGGAUACCGGAGAAGCACUUGCCAUGCUACCCAAAAAAAUGGAAACGCAGCCUACUGGAGCUAUGGCGUCCGCAGUUGGAUGGGGCAGAAAAGUUCAUGGCGGAAUUGCCUCUUAUUUGUUGCAAGAGGUUGAAAUGCGAAUUCUGAACUAUUGGGACUGCAGCCAAAUAAUUGGACAAAUCCACUCGACACAGUUUUGUGUAGAGAGUAAGAAUAGUGGCAUUUGCGAGGGGGAUUCAGGGGGCCCAUUGUAUGUGAAUGAACAAGUCGUUGGAAUUGCGUCUUGGAGAGAUGGCAACAAACCUUGUGGACGUGCAAUGGGAGUGUACACACAAUUGUCGCUGUACACUGACUGGGUUAAUAUGCAUGUCACACAACGAAGUUUACAACCAACAAAUUAAAUUGAAAAAAUAAAUCAUGUGGAACCACACAAUGAAUAUGCUUAAAAAUACUUCUUUUUAAAGUCAAGAGUAAAUUGAUUCUAAUAUUUAACCUUUUACUGCUGCCUCUUAUUUUCAUCAACCAUACAAAAAUAAUAUUAUUUCAUUAUUUGAUUAAUAAUUAUUUUCUUCCUUCAAUUUUACUGGUAAUGGUGGAAUACUAGACUCUACCAAAAGCACUUUUAUGUAGUGAAUUGAAAGCAUAAUAAGCUUUAUUAAACUCAAUU